AUGUCUGACGCCCUCCUCGAGGAAUUCGAAGUUCUAGAAGCAAUCUACCCCACCGAGCUCCAGAGAAUAUCCGAACGUGACGUAGAAAUCGAAGCGGAGGCUGAUGAUAUCCCGGACGGUGCUGAUAAUGUUCAAGUAACACUGUGUGUUCAUUACACCGAUACCUAUCCCGAUGAAUUGCCCGAACUAUCUUUAAAACAUGAAGAUCCAAAAAUCGACGACAACGACGUCGACAAGCUGUUGGCGGAUUUGAAAAAAGUAGGAGAGGAUAAUUUGGGGAUGGCGAUGACCUUUACUCUGGUAUCCCAACUUCGAGAACAGCUAUCAGAACUCGUUCGUUUCAAGAUCGAAGAAGAGAAUAAACGAGAGCGAGAGAAAGAGCGAUUACUCCUUGAGGAAGAAGAAAAGCGUACUCGAGGUACGCCGGUGACGAUAGAGUCCUUCAAAGCCUGGAAGGCGGCUUUCGACAAAGAAAUCGCUCUUAAAAAGGCUCAAGAAGAGGAAGAGAGGCUCAAGAAUCUUACACCUAAAGAACGUGAAGAGUGGAAAAGAGCCAGCACAAGAUUGUCAGGUCGCCAACUCUUUGAACGCAACAAAAUUGUGGAGGAUGAAACCCUUGUGGAGGAGGGGGCGGUUUCCGUGGAUGUCAGUCAAUAUGAGAGGACCAAGGAUGAAGACGAGGAGCAAGAUGAGGCGCUUACGUUCAGUGAUAGUGAUUGA